AUGCCUGGUGUGGCUAGUGAACAAGUUAAAGGGCCAUCAAAGGUCGAUGGUCAUAAAGUAUCAAAAUUCAUCAAUAAGCUUAGUGGUCAUCCUGACUCGUUUGUGAAUAAGAAGGAUUACGUGUUUGGUAAGACGCUUGGGGCAGGAACCUUUGGUGUCGUAAGACAAGCCAGAAAGAUUUCAACAAGAGAGAAUGUGGCUGUAAAGAUUCUUUUGAAGAAGGCCUUGAAGGGAAAUGAUGUUCAGUUGCAGUUGCUAUACGAUGAGUUGAAAAUAUUGCAAAAAUUGGACCACCCAAAUAUUGUCAAGUUUAAAGAUUGGUUCGAGUCUAAGGAUAAAUUCUACAUUGUUACGCAAUUGGCGACUGGUGGGGAAUUAUUCGAUAGGAUAUUGUCUAAAGGUAAAUUUACCGAAAUCGAUGCUGUUAAGAUAGUAACUCAGAUUUUGAGUGCUGUACAGUACAUUCACUCUAAGAACAUUGUUCACAGAGAUCUGAAACCUGAGAAUAUACUUUACAUCGAUCCAUCGGAUGACUCACCCCUGGUUUUGGCUGAUUUUGGUAUUGCAAAAGAAUUAAAAAGCGGUGAUGAACUCAUCUUCAAAGCUGCUGGUUCUUUGGGAUACGUGGCUCCUGAAGUUUUAACUACUAGUGGACAUGGUAAACCAUGUGACAUAUGGUCUCUUGGCGUCGUUACUUACACAUUGCUAUCUGGUUACUCUCCGUUUAUCGCUGAGAGUGUCGAAGGGUUUCUCGAGGAAUGCACAGAGGGGAGCAAACCUGUCAAGUUUCACAAACCAUAUUGGGAUGGAAUAUCCGAUGAUGCCAAGAAUUUUAUACUGCGUGCGUUAGUGUUGAGCCCGAGCAAGAGACCUACAGCCACAGAAUUGUUGGAAGAUCCGUGGAUAACAUGCUGUACUUCUUGCAAGAACUUGCUGCCUACUGUUAAGAAAGAGUACGAUGCUCGUGCCAAAUUCCGUGAAGCUGUGGAAAUUGUUAAAUUGAACAACAGAAUUUGUAAACUAAGGAAAAUGUACUGUAGGGGCGACGAACCGGAAACUGAUAUACAGGAGAAUGAGACUGCUUCGAUUCCAUCUUCCCAGACGGAAACUUUGUCUUCGCUGAAGAAUCUUCAUUUGAAUGCUCAGUGUACAGAUUCAUCGUGUCUCUCUGAUGAGGAGAAAAAAAUGAAAUCAGCUUUGACUCAAAAUGCCUUUGCGCAGUUGGUAAGGGCAGCGACCAAAAAUCCCGAUAAGGUUCUCAAUUACAAGGAUCCGUCGUCUCAAUCAGCCGCCGACAGUAUUGACGGGGUUUCCAGUUCGGCCUCAGAGGCAUAA